GAACGCGCAGCGGACGCGCGCUCAUUAAAGCGCUCGCAAUCAGCCUCAGCGCGACUCUCUCUCUGUGUUUCUCCCCUCGAGACUUUAAACGACUCUCUGUCGCGGAUAAAUGGAUCUCUCUGUGGUCGUGCUGUUGUCUUUGUGCGGGUUUCUGCGGGGCCAAGAGACUGCAGAUCCCAUCUCUCUGGACGACUGCUGUAAGGACGGCAAAGAAAGAGGCCAGGAGUCUCAGGACUGCACCGGCCUGCCGCUCAUCUCCGAAUCCACCACCUGCAGGAUCGCUCAGGAACAGUGCUGCACUGCGGUCCUUGAAGACAGUGUGUGCACCAAAGGCAUCAAUAUGGCGAAGGACCAGGGCAGCUGCGACGCCUUCUUGACCAGCAGCACGUGUGAAACAAAGACAACUAAGACGUGCUGCGAGUGCUGUCUGCUCGGCCGGGCGGCUCAGGAGCGGGGCCUGUCAUGUGACCUCACCCUCGCCGUGUGGUACCAGUGCGGUCUGGUGUCCCGCGCCUGCUGCGUCGACCGAUCGCCCAACAGCGACGGAAAGCCUGCUCCGGAAGGACAGCCUUCACAGGACGACACGCUGAAAACAGACGAGCAGUGCAAAGCUGCCGGAUGCUCCCAGAGCUGUUUGAACGGCUCUUGUUCGUGUUUGGAGGGAUACAAGCUGAAGGCGGACGCCAAAACCUGCGAAGACGUGAACGAGUGUUUGCUGGGCUCUCAUCAUUGCCACGGAGGCGAGCGCUGCAUCAACACGCUGGGAUCGUAUCGCUGUCAGAGAGUCAUCAGCUGCGGGACGGGCUACGAACUCACAGACAGCAACAAGUGUGAAGACAUCGACGAGUGUGAAACAGGGACUCAUAACUGCGCGGCGGAGCUGGAGUGUCAGAACACAGUGGGCUCGUUCCGCUGCCGUCCCAGAAUGCAGUGCGGCGUGGGCUUCAUUCAGGACGCUCUCGGGAGCUGCAUCGAUAUAAACGAGUGUCUGAGCGUGACGGGGCCGUGUCCGGCGGGUCACAUGUGCUUCAACACGGUCGGCUCCUACACCUGCCAGAGACACUCGGUGACCUGCGGACGAGGAUACCACCUGAACACAGACGGCUCACGCUGCGUGGAUAUCGACGAGUGCGCGGGGCCUGAUAACUCGUGUGAUGGUCACGGCUGUAUUAAUCUGGUGGGCUCGUACCGCUGUGAAUGCAGAGCAGGCUUCAUCUUCAACAGCAUCAGCAGAUCGUGUGAGGACAUCAACGAAUGCAGGAACUAUCCCGGCCGUCUGUGCGCGCACAAGUGUGAAAACAUCCUGGGCUCCUACAAGUGCAGCUGCACCACGGGCUUCAAGCUGGCCUCCGACGGCAGGAACUGUGACGACCUGAACGAGUGCGAGAGCAGCCCGUGCAGUCAGGAGUGUGCCAACGUCUACGGCUCGUACCAGUGUUACUGCCGCCGAGGAUAUCAGCUGAGCGACGCCGACGGCAUCACCUGUGAAGACAUCGACGAGUGUGCGCUGCCCACCGGCGGACACAUCUGCUCUUACCGCUGCCACAACACCCCGGGGAGCUUCCACUGUUCCUGCCCCGCCUCGGGAUACACCCUCGGCCCGAACGGACGCAGCUGCCAGGAUACGGACGAGUGUGUGACCGGGACUCACAGCUGCAGUGAAUCUGAGAGCUGCUUCAACAUCCAGGGAGGAUAUAAGUGCCUGAACUUCGACUGUCCGCCCAACUACAGACGCUCAGGAGACACUCGCUGUGAGCGCUUGCCUUGUAAUCAGACUAGCGAGUGUCUGGCCUUGCCCGUGAGAAUUACCUACUACCACCUGACAUUCCCCACCAAAAUCCCCAUUCCCACCAACGUCUUCCGCAUGGGCCCGUCCAACUCGGCGCUCGGGGACGACAUCGAGGUGGCCAUCGUGGACGGUAACCAGGGAGGCUACUUCGCCGCCAAGCGCGUGGAGCACGGCGGCGUCCUGGUGGUCCAGAAACCCAUCGCGCUGCCGCAGGACUUUGAGAUCUCUCUGGAGAUGAAGCUUAGGCGAUUCGGACACCUUAGCGUUUACCUCUUCAAGAUCCGCUUGUUCGUAACCCCGGACGAGCUCGGCGUCACGCCAGCGAAUGAAAGCGCUUAACAGAGCUCGAUUAGCUGCUUCCUGGUGCCUUGGGUAUCUCGUCUAACGUUGCCUUCAAGUCCUUCUGCAAACUUGCGAUGAUAUAAUCAGCGAACCAGCUUUUUUUGGACGGCGUUUUGCGAAUUGCGACCAACGCAGUUCAGGGUCAUUAUCGUAAAAAGUACAGUAAAAAUACAUUUCGUUAAUUGAAAUGGAGCUGAAAUCGAAUCAGUAAUAAAAAAACUAAACUGAAUGAAAGCGAGGUUGGAUUGAAAUUGAAUAACUGGGAAUAAAUGAACGAACAAAAACUAAUUAAAAUAAACAUUAAACUAAACAUUAAAUAAAAAAAAAAAAAAAAAAAUUGAGGUACGAAUAAAAUCGAUAAAAAUAUGCAGAUUAGAAAUGUAACACAAAUUAUGAAAUAACACAGAUCAUUUUUAAAAGGCAGUUUCUCAAUGUUAAACUCAUUUCCUAAGCUCCGCCCCCUCUUGGUUACUGUCGCUAAGCGUCUCACAGGCGAAUGAACUGAAGAGCUCCUUGAUAAAAGCGGAAUUAAAAUAAAUCACAAAGAAAUUUUAGUACGCGAAUCGCAAUAAAUACAGUAAAAUAGUUGCAAGUUUACACGUGCAAAAUAAAAUUGAAAAGAUGUUUUCAGGAAAACAUGCACAUCGGAAAUUCGAUACGCACACGACGGGGCAAUAAUUAGAAAAAUGGUGUCAGUAAAAGAUGCACUAAAAUGCGAUAAAUAUUAAAUAAAGUCUGUCAAAUUAGUGCAUCCAGCAAGGGGUGAUAAAAAAUAAAUAAAAAUUGCAAGACGCAGAAAUAUCUGUCAAAUAAGUGGUUAAAAUGAAUGAAUUAGAUAUUAAAUAUAAAACUGAUUUUCAGUAAAAGUUGUACAUGAAGUAGUUUAAAAGUUAUAUUAAAUGCAUAUUAGGUCACUGUUUUACAUAAAAAGUCAAUAAAUGUGAAAAAAGGGUGUUUUCUGUGGAUAUAAAAAGUUCCCGAGAUCUCAUGAACAUGACGGACCCGCUGAGACUUGAAGGCAACAUUAUUCUUUAUCCUAACGAUAGAUUCUCAGGUGUCUAACGGAAAAACACGAGCUGAGCUCAAGCUCCUGAUGUAUCAAACCUGCUGUUGAUUAUAUACUGUAGUCUGUGACUGUAGCUCAAGCUGUGAUCAGAUUUCUGCUCAAUGUGACUCUCCUCUGUGUCCCGGGACACUAGAUGGCGCUUUUAGGCAAAGCAAUCAACUGGAGUCAAAAUAAACAUAUCCCUAGAAUUUUUUUUUAUUAUUCUAUUAUUUUUAGUCUUUCGUUUUCUAAUAAAAUUUUACUGACUCUAGCA